CUCUAGUAGAUUGGUGAUCCGAUCAACACAUCCAGGGCUCCAGACCUUUGCUAUCGCUCCCGACGAGGGCUUCGAAGCCAAAUUUUCAGGGUGCUUGCGGCCCCAAUCCAGAGGAUGCCUUCGUCCUUCAAGCGGAGACUCCCUUCAGUGGACGCAGUGUCCUCCGUUUCUUUGGAUGCCUCAUCAUUGCGGGCUGGGGAAGGCGCAACAAGCUCGCCUGAAACGCAGGAUACCGACAGCAGUGCUGCACAUGUUGGCCCUUCUCAAGCACCCUCGCCAGCUUCACUACCGCCCGGCGUCAAGCCCAGCACCUACUCAUCCCCCGUGCCUGUCGUGUCAACCGGCAUAGCAGCGUUAGAUGACAUCAUCUCCGGCUCCGGUCUUCCGUCUGGAUCGCUCCUUCUCUUGAUUCCUUCCACAGGCACAAAUCCGCUGCCGCCUGUGGCUACAGGCGCACCAGAAGCGCUGGAUUCGCUCGCCCUCUCCGCUGCAGAACCAUACAAUGAGCUUGUGCUGCAAUAUGGUAUUGCUCAAGGGUUGUAUGCCGGUCAUGCGAACAUCGUCAUCGGCGAGUGUGCAGAGCAGCUCGCGAACUCUGUGAUGGCCAGGAUUGGGGAGGAGCAGGGCGCAGAGAAAGAAGCUGAGGCUACCUCAUCCCACAAGCAAGAAGAUCAGCAGGUGGACCGGCUGGCAGCCAUGGCUUUGACGAGCAGCGAAGAUGACGAGGAUGAUCCCUCCGCAACCCCAUCCAUCUCCUCGUCUUCAGGCCAGCUUAAGAUUGCCUUUCGAUACGACAGAAUGUCUCGUUUUUCUACGUCCAUUUCUUCGCAUCAGAAAGCUGCAAACCAAUCACAAAAGGCAGAGGACGAAGCAAAAUUCUGCGCCCAGUUUGAUCUCUCGAAACGCGUCAGCCCGAGGGUGUUGGAGAAGGCCAGAGCUCGAGAUGGCUUGCAUUUCUUCGAUGUUGCUUGUGACAGCGGUGAAGCUGACGCAUAUGAGGAAGCAUGGCGUGCUAUUGAGGCUCGCGUCAACAGCAUUGCGUCUUCAUGCUCGUCAAAUUUGGCCGUUCGAAUCUCCGUCCGAUCGCUAGGCUCAAACGCCUGGAUGCGUCGCAAACGGAGGACCCAACUCGGUAGCGUAGCGGAAGAGCUCUCCAGCAUCCUGCGUUUCCUUCUCAGGCUGAGGAUGCUCUUGCGGUCGUUCGCGCUCUCAUCAGGUUCGGCACGCGCGACCCCUAUCACAGCUACUGUCAGCGUGUCUUCUUCAUUCAUCGCGUCGCUAACAAACCAACAUAGCAACGGAUCAGAGGGGCAUACGAACGGGCUGCAUCGAUUGAUACAUCUUUCUGACGCUGCCAUCUCGCUUUCGUCUUUCGCGGCAUCGCCACUGCUGACCACGUCCUUCCCGGACUACACCGGCUCAUUGAAAGUGGUCAAGACGCCGGCAAUCGGUACACUGCAUGAUUUGUCUGUGCGUGCUAGUAUCCUUCGAGGCAUGAGCUCGCUUGGCGUUGGGCAGGUUUCCGUCGCAUGUGGUCGGAGCGACGCAAAAGUUGGAGCAGAGCCUGCCAUCGUCGCGGGCGGUGCCGGAGGCGGUGAAAACAACCUCGCAUUCAAGUUGAAGCGAAAGAGGAUCGUUAUUGAGACGCUUCACUUGGACAUCGAAGGUGGGGUGUCUGAGCGACGCACCAAACCACCCAGGAACGUUGAAACAUCUCAGUCCCCGAGCGCGGAGGUCUCCUCUGUCGUGAGGAAUCAAAUACGAGAGGCAGGGCAACCGGAAGUGGUGGCUACGAGCAAUCACGACACCACAGGCUCACGCUCGUCACGGACGCCCUCAAGUAACACAGCCAUAGGCAGCAUGCCGCCGCCAGCUGCUCCGGCGGCCACUAGCAGGCCCGCUUUCGCGGGGCUCAAGAGUCUACGAGAGCGUGGCAUGCAGGUGCAGCGCCAUGGGUUAAGUGCCCAAGAGCAUGGUCUCCAAGUGGAGAUUGAAGACAGUACAAGCAAGCGUUCCGAUCCUGCGCAGAGAGCGCUGCUGAAGAAGAAAGUCCCUCCUGUCUUUAGGAGCGCGGCGCAGGACUUGGAAUUCUGAUUUCGUACGGCUCUCGCAAGCAGAGAAACCGUCGUGUGCUGUGCCUCCAUUCGAGCAUUCUGUCCUUGAGAGUAGCAUUGCACAUUCCAUGAACGGAAGCUAUCAGAACAAGAGCCCGGCAGAUCAAGUCCAAUGGCUGCUGAGGCCUACAAGCUUCCAAGAGUAGUAGCGAGCGAUCUCUUCUGCUGCUCUUGCUAUCUCACUUGAGGCGCAACCUUGGCAACGAGCGGCUCAAAACGCUCGCGACAUUCCAUUCAAUGAUUGUUUGAGCUGCAUUCUAUGAGCAUUAUGGCAUGUACUAGGAGGGGUAUAUACGUAUGCAUGGCUGCAAGUACCUGCCUCACCCGCGGCUCAGUGCCUUUUGGAGUAGUUCUCUCGAAGCCUCGUCAAGUCCACUCGCGAAAA